UGCAGGGUCUCUCCCUAUGAGUAAAAAUAAAAUGCAAAUUUUUGCUUCGAUGCUUUGUUUAAUGCACGAUUUCUUAGAAUUCACCAUCUGAGUGUGGGCAGGUUCAGGAGAACACAUGAUAAUAUUGUAUUACAACAUUAAGCCCAAGCAGCCCUCAGUUUUCUUAACAAAAAGGGCUGAUAACACAACAGCAGCAAUUAAGCCGAUGAAGUCAUAGUUUAACGUGAUGCUAGAGUCUGUCUACACACAGCAAAGAGGUGGAGCCAUUACCAAGACAGAGAACUCAGCUUCUUCCUUUAACCACCAUUAAAACUACUGCUGAGAAAAGGUGGCCAUGAGUUCUUCAUCUGGCCACCUGUUUGAUGUGAAACAGUGAAAAUCUACAGUAAAGCCAAAAUAUUUGUUAUCCCAUUACUUGGAGGAGUAGUUGAUAGAAUAGUUUAUUACUAAAAUAAUCAAUACCUGUAGCCCUGCUCUGCUUCGUAAUUGUUCCUUCUUUGAAGUAGCUUCUGCCUUUUAUUAAGUCUCUCUGACCAAAUAUGAUGAGUGAAAGUAACCCAAAGUAUUUUUAGGUAGUUUCAGUGGUUGAAAUGGUUGCUGCAGAGUAAGAAGGUCCUAGUUUGAAUCGAGCGGGUACCUGUCGUUUUGGAGUUUCUUCUCGCUGUGUCGGUUUGCGCCUGGUAAUCUGGCUCCUCCCAUCGUCCAAAGGCAUGUUUUUAAGGUUAGGAUACGUAGUAAGUGUGAAUGUGUUUGUCUGCCUGUGGUGUACCCUUCCCCCUUGCCCAAUGACAGCAAGCAGAGGUUACUUUAAAAAUGGAAAAAAAAAAAAGAGGUUACCAGGUGUAAAAAUAAAUGAAGCUAACAAUAAACUAGUCAAGAAAGCAAGCAAAAGAAAAAAAGGCUAAAUAAACUUUUGAACUCUCGAACGUCUGUGCUGUAUGCCAUUGGUGAAAACAGGAGUAAAGCUGGUGUUUGCAUAGCUGUUACUGACACACCAGGACAGAGACCUCGCUGUCCCUGUCGACUCAGUGCCCAGUGAAAUACUUGUGACACGACCUGCCCAGUCAGAAAGGAACGUGAUGCCGCCAGUCCUGUUGAUGGCUGAGUCACCGCAUCUGUCACGAGUUUGAGAUUUUUUUUUUGUUUUUAAAUCAGGAUCGAAUCGGAACAGGCGUCAGCGAGCUGAAUACACGAACACUUUGAUACCUGCGAUGCUUAUUUAAACGUCUGCACUGAAUCUUUGUAGAACCUAUAUCAUAACCUAUCUGGUUGGGCUGCUGCUGAUCGGAGUCGCGGCAUGGGGGAAGGGCUACGGCCUGGUGUCCAGCAUCCACAUUAUCGGAGGGGUCAUUGCAGUGGGCGUCUUCCUGCUGCUCAUCGCUGUUGUAGGACUGAUCGGAGCCAUGCACCACCACCAAGUCAUGCUUUUCUUUUACAUGGUCAUUCUCUUCAUUGUCUUCCUCUUCCAAUUUGGAAUUUCAUGUUCCUGCUUGGCAAUGAACCGUGGGCAGCAGGAGACACUUCUGAACUCUGCGUGGGGAAUCAUGGAAAAUAAGACCAAGGAAGACUUGGAGACCCAACUCAACUGCUGUGGGCUCUUCAACACCACUGUCAAACUGCAGCAGUUUAACCAGGACUUGGGGAGCUGUCGUGCUCCAUGCACAACGGAAGGUAGAUGUGUGCCCUGUGGAACGAAGAUGCUGGAUCAUGCCACAGAGGCUCUGAAGAUCCUCGGAGGCGUCGGGCUCUUUUUCAGCUUCACUGAGAUCCUGGGAGUGUGGCUUGCUGUGCGCUACAGAAACCAGAAGGAUCCACGAGCAAACCCAAGUGCUUUCCUAUAGUCUGUCUCACAUCACGGCGCAGUAGGUGCAGUUUCAGAUACACUGGUACACACAGAAUAACGCACAUCUAGAGGCAGACACUCGGGCAUAUAAAUACAGAGCCACAACCAUCACAACACCAAAUGGACAAGCGCACGCAGCACCUGAAAAAAACACUGAGAAAAGCAAAACGCACACACAUACACCAGAGACUGAGAAACUCCAACAAACUCCAGAAAUGCAAGCUGGAAGACCUGGAUACUUAUGUGUGAAAGGAUGAGAAGUGGUACUUGUCGGUAUCACAACCCAGCCUUGAUUUGAGUAUCAGAUUUCUCGAUUGCGCCAAGAUUUCUCUGCAUGCGUCCUCUCAGGCGUGCACAGACCAACAGCCUCUUUGUUGAUCUUGUUCCACAAUCCAACCCAACGACUGUGCGGUGUCCAACAGAUAAACUUGUAUGCACCUUGACUUUUCCUCUAAUGUAGUGCCACCUCUUAACGACAAAUAUACUCCUGGUAAUGUGAUGUGUAUCCAAACAUGUCCCAGCAUGAUGAGAAAGUCAGCAAGGUGGGUGAGAAGGCACACACUGGACAUGUGGUGUAAAGUAGUUUUUGAAAGGGUUAAAAAUGUAUGUAAUUUUUUUUUCUUUCCACAAAAAAACAGGAAUUUGGAUUAGGUAGUUUAUUUUAGGAAAUGUAGUUGCUAGUCUUUGAAGUUCAAAUAUUUAUGAACUGUAACUGAGCCAACUAACUUUUAAAUGCCGACGGGCUGCAGCCUCGAUGUUGUACAUAGUCUUUGCAUACUGUAGUUCACAGAAAGUGUACUUGAUGGGUUUGCUGUGUAGUUUCCCACCUCUUGCUAUGAGGUUUGCCUGCAGUUUCAGAGUCUCUGAAAGCCUGAAUUAUCCUCACCUCUUCCUAUAUUUAACAUUUUCUUCAGUGUCGCACAGUGACGUCGCUUAGCGUAGAUUCUGGUUGUAGACAAGUGGAUUAAGGUACAUCUUGUUACCUUCUGUAUAACUGGAAGAAAUCUCAAAAACACAACUUGAAUAUGUGCUUUUUUUUUUUAAUUUGAAGUAAUCGAGUGAAUUUGGCCAAAUCUGUUUAUUGAAAAUCCAGUUUGGUUUUUAUAGUGUUAAUUGUGAGAAUGUGCUUUUUGUUGCCAUCCUUUUCUUUUUCUUAAAUAUUUUAAAACUUGUGAUUCUUUGGUGCAGUUUUUUUUUUUUUUUCUUUUUUGUUUGCCAUCAGCUUCUUUUUUUCAUCAGUGUUAAAAUGCUUUGUAAAAUGUGCUUGUUAAAUAUUUUCCGUAUCUAUUUAAGUUUAACGAUGCACAGCCGGUUUGUUGUAGUUUUGAUAUCGCUUUGCUCGAUAUGGAACGUUUCCUGUUGAUAAAUAAUUGCUCAGCCUCUCUUUAAACUUUUUUUUAUUUUCCCCUCUUUUGAAUUGCUUUUAACUUAAAGGACUAACGAGCUGUAAUUACAUGUCUUACUUGAACCUGUCGACUUUAAUGAUUACGGAUUCCUCGCUGCUGCUUUGGAGUUCUCGUCGUAAGCAAAACAUUAUGACAGAUGUUAAGCAUUAUUAUGCCAUAUAUUACACCUCAGUUUGAAUUUGCGUGCAGUUGUUAUUCAAAUGUAAGUUGAAUUUUUGAGACUUAAUUUUUCCAAAUAAUAAAAAUCUCAAAUUGGAA